AUGCGACUUCAUUCCCAGUGGCUUCGGGUGGCGCUCUUCAUUACAUUUUUCAUUCUCUUUGGGAGACUACUUCUCCAGUGGCUGUCAGUAGAGAGCAGCACAGGCGUCCGGAAUCACAAGAUUUUAGUGUGGCACUGGCCAUUUGGGAACUCAUUAAAUCUAGCUGGUGACUUUUGCAAAGACAAGUUUGGGGUACCCAACUGCAUCAUGGUGGAUGAUCAGUCCCAGUUCUCUGAUGCUGACGUUGUGAUUUUCCACAACCGAGAGCUGAUCCAACGUGAACAGAAAUUGCCUGUGAACCUCAAUCGGCCCAAGAGCCAGAGAUGGGUAUGGUUGACCAUGAAGAGCCCAGACUAUAACGGGAAUGUGAUACCAUUUGCUGGAUACUUUAACUGGACCAUGACCUACCACCAAGAUGCAGACAUUUAUUCACCUCACGGGGUUAUGGUGCCAAAGGACUUUGAAACUGAUGAGCCAAUUGAGGAUUUGAUCCCAAAAGGAAAGACUCACUUGGUAUGUUGGGUGGUAAACGACUUUUCACCAGACCAUAAAAGAACCGCUAUUUACGAUAAGCUGAAAACUGUGAUACCAAUUGAAGUGUAUGGUGAGGAAGUGAACAGAGGCCUAACUGAUGACACUCUAUUACCGACCAUCUCUCGCUGCUUCUUCUAUCUGGCCUUUGAAAACUCCGUCUUCAGAGACUACAUCACAGAGGAGUUAUGGCACAACGCCUACCGGAGUGGCGCUGUGCCUGUGGUCUUUGGUCCUCCCCGGGAGGACUAUGAAGCAGUGGCACAAAAAGACUCCUUCAUCCAUGUGAAUGACUUCAGCACCAUAGAGGAGCUCGGACAGUUCCUUCGGAAGCUGGUUAUGAAUGGCGACGCCUAUGCCUCGUACUUCAACUGGAGACGUAAAUACACUGUCGUAGUUAAACACUGGGUGGAACUUGCAUGUGAAUUCUGUCCCAAAAUCAGCAGCAUGCCACCACAUAAGGUGUAUAAGGACUUGGAUGGUUGGCAGCGGUAAGGCUAUGACAGGCAAAAAUCAUAUACCGACAGGGACAGGUCUGGGUUUGUGUUUUUUAAUAUAGAAAGUCUUUGUUGGUACCAAAUGAAAAUGAAAUUAGAAUGUAUGUUGUAUAAAGGUAUAUGGUGAUACGGUGGUAGUUCAUGGGUGGUACUGGUAAUGUUAAUCGUGAUGUAAUGACAUGUUGCUCUCUGUGGCAGUGCUUAUCCCAACAUAAUAACAUGCUCUGUGCGGUCAUCUCGUCCAUCCUGUCACAUUCUGAGCCAUGAUCAUCUUGCAUUAUAUAUGACUUGACUUUGACCACAAUAAACCUGCUGCUAUUUAGUUUUAGACAUGUACAGUAUAUGGCUCGAAAGAAAGAAAAUAAGACAGAUUAGAACAUAAAAGGGCAGCAAAGGGCAUCAGUUCAGAACCGGCAGAUACUACACAACUGGAUUACAUAAAGAGAUAGAAAGCCUCAAUACAUUCUACCUGUACCAUGAAAACAGUACAAGUAUGGCUUAGCAAAUUUAUGUUUAUUAGUAUUUGUCAUUAUUUGUCAUUUGUACUGUAUAUUAUUAUUUGUUGCAUCACUUUUGAAAGUACGCACAG